AUGGCCGCGCGCGCUGCUACCAGAAGCUCCCGGCGCGUUGCGCAGAAACGGCAGGCGCAAGCGGCGCCCGACACGUCCGACUCGGACCCGUGCUUAGCCGCCCACUCGGACGGCAUGCCCUCCGACACCAGCGCCUCGGAAGACGCGUUUUCCGAGCCGGAGGACGCGCCGCCGGCCCGCAAAAAAGCAAGGCCACGUGCCGCGGGCGCCGCGGGCGCCGCCGGCCCGGCGGACGCCGGGCAAAACGCGCUCUACAGCGCUUUGGCACAGCCAGACGUGGCCGUGGCCGACUUGGCGCUCGAAUGGAUGGACGCGUUCGAGCCCGGCGGCGACACAGACACGGCGGCCGCGCUUGCCGCGCUCGUCAACUUGGUUUUCGCUUUGGCACAGCCAGACGUGGCCGUGGCCGACUUGGCGCUCGAAUGGAUGGACGCGUUCGAGCCCGGCGGCGACACAGACACGGCGGCCGCGCUUGCCGCGCUCGUCGACUUGGUUUUGUGCGCGUGCGGCUGCACACACGCGGUCCAGCCGCACGACAUGCUCAACGAGGACUCGGCCGGCGCCACGGUGGCCGAGCUCGGCGCGCUUUUCGGCCGCCAGCAGCGGCACGAGUACCCUUUUGUGGCCGCGGGCAGCGGCGGCCGCCGCUUGCGCCACAACAUGCAGGAGUUUGUGUGCAGCGUCGUCGCCGGCGCCCACGAGAAGGGCGUGCUCUACCGGGCGGCGGGCGGCGAGCCCGCGCAGACGUGGGGCGCGCCCAUGAUGAACCUGGUGGUGGCGUGGCUCCUGGCGCUCAGCGGCAGCGCGGUGCGCGCGCUCCGCUUCGUGGCCACCACGCUCGUCUUGCAGAUGCAGACGCGGCUCUGCGAGCUUGCGGCCAGCAUCACCGUGGCGGCGCAGAAGCAGCAGCGGCAGCUUGCGGGCGCGCAGCGGCGCGGCGGGCGCGGGCAUGGCGCGCGGCUCGCGGUGCUCGGCGAGGCCGUGGCCACGGCCGUGCGCCAGAAAAACACCGUGGCCGAGCACCUCGCGGACAUCUUCCAGCACGUGUUCGUGCACCGCUACCGCGACGUGUGCCCGCACGUGCGUGCCGAGUGCGUGCGGGCCUUGGCGCUGUGGAUGGUCCAGUACGAGGAGAUGUUCAUGCGCGCCGAGUACCUCCGCUACGUGGGCUGGCUCCUCUCGGACCCGGCGGACCGCGUGCGCCUCGAGGCCGUGCGCCUGCUCGCGCGGCUCCUCCGCUUCGUCAACGGCAAGCGCGAGGCCAUGAGCUUGGGCUUCCGCCAGUUUGCCGAGCGCUUCAAGGACCAGUUGGUGCGCAUGGUGUGGAAGGAGCCGCGGGCCAAGCCGCGCGUGCUCUUGGUCGACGUGCUCGCCGAGCUCUUCCGCCUCGGCUUCCUCGACGACCGCGACGUGCACGACGUCGGCCUGUUCGCGUUCCACCUCGCGCAGCUCGAGGGCACGGCCCACGCGGACCCGCGCGCAAAGGCCGCGGCCUGCCUGUUCUUGGCCGCCGUGUGCCACGACCACGCCCGCGCCGCGGCCGAGCCGUUCGCCUUCUUCCUCGCGGCGCACGGCUGCCGCGUGCUCGACGACGACGACUGCGCGCUCGCCGUGCCGCAAUGCCUCGCCUACAAGGCCUUGGCCGCGCUCAUGGCCGCGGCCCACGCCCGCUUCCAGACCGUGGCCUGCCCGCGGCAGCGCAAGCCCAUGUUCGUGUUGGCUAGCCUGUUGUUCCGCGAGAUCUACGCGCUCCCGGCGUUCCGCGGCCUGUGGGAGGGGCUCGUCAAGUACACGUUGUGCGACUUCUCGGCCCUUGCCUUCACGCACAGGCAGACCGGCGCCGCGGCGGACGCGGACACGGCCGCGGCGCUCAUUGCCAAGAUCGAUGUGUCCGCCCGCGCGGAGAAGCACGUGUUCAUGAGCUUCAUCGCGGCGGCCGUCAUCCACAUCCUCGCCCAGCAGCCCGCGAACAAGACCGGCUCCUCGAGCAAGCUCGACGACUUCAACUCGGCCCUCCCUGCGCUCGCCGCCCACAUCUUGCCGCUCGAGGCGUACCUGCGCGUGGGCAUGGACCUCUAUGUGGUGUUCAUGGGCAUCUGGAACUCGCUUUUGGUGGCCGUCCCGACGUCCAUCGCUCGCCUAUACAGCACCGUGUCCAGCGUCUCCGACUACAAUGCCGUCCACGACCGCGUGCUCCAUUACUACUUCGACAUGACCGGCCCGGACGCAGCCUUGCAGGAGGCCUUCGACACCUACUUUUCUCUCGUCUUGAAGAACUUCGACGCCUCCUCCGGCGACCUGGCGCCGAGAACGGACCGGCUCCUCAACGCGAACGUCAAGUUGCAAAUCGAGGACCUCCUCCACUCCCUCGCCACGGAAGGCGUCGAUGCGCUUUUCCUGGACGACCCGCUCGAGGACACCAACGACAGCGCGGAGAACUCGGCGCUCCCGCUGGAACACAAGGUGGUGCUCAACAGGCUUCUUCGCAGCACCCCGAUCAUCCAGAAGUUCUCGCAGAUCGCCCGCGUAAUGAACAUCAACCGCUAUGUGGCCGAGCCAACUUUCGGUACUUCCAACGUGCUUUUGGACGUCUUGCAGGUGAAGUUGGUGUCCAAGUUCGACUUCCUCGCCCUCAUUCGCAUGUGGCCCACUAACUGCGCCGCGCUCGCCACCCAGCUCAGCGACUCCUGGAAGUGUGUGUUGGAGUUUGUCUUGCUAUCGCUAUCGUGGAAGCUCGAAGACCUCACCUACGCGAGCAACGACAACUCUGCCCACCUGAUCGAUAUAAACCUUUUCUUGGAGGAUUUCAAUGGUCUUUUGAUUAGUAUCGGCGAUCUCUGUGUGACGGUCGGGGCAGCGGCCAGGGAGCUCAAUGAGACCACGACAGACUCGAAUGCCAAGAUGCGCUCGUUGGUGCAAAGCCUUGUGGUACUGGAACAUAACUUCGCCUGUCAUUACAUCGACAUGCUUGUCUCGUUCAGGACAUUCUACGAGAAGUUCAGGGACGGGGCGCACUUCAAGAACUUCCUGUCCUUUUUCGACAAUCCUUCCGGAGUGGGGGCCUUGGUCAAGGGCGAAGUUCCGCAAGUGGUACAGGAAUCACUCAAGGGCGUCUUCCUCAUCCAUGAGGCGAGGCUUGCCCUGCUCAAGGACAUCACUCUCGAUAGACAAAACAACGAGGAUGUCAACUACGAGGAUUACGUAUACAUUGACGAAGAACCUCUGUGUCUACACAUUGAAAUUGUUUUCGUUGGUUCAUACAGGUGCAUUUUCUAA